AUGGGGAAGAGUUUGGUGACUGCAGAAGCGGUAACUAAACUAUUAAGAUCGAAGGACACAUCCAUCACUGAAAUUGUCCAUACUGCAAAUAGUCUUUUGAAUGAUGAAUUGGAUAUAUAUUUACCUGGAAAAGAGGUGUUUGUAUUGAACUUGUUAUGUGACAGAUUGAAUGACAAAUCAAAUGGUAAAUUUGGAACGUGGAAGUUUAACAAAGAUGUAUGGAGUUUGCUUCUUCUGGUUUGGUCGAAAUUAAAUCACCAGAAGGUUGACAGACAAAGGGUAAUACAGAAAUUGAAAACUAUUGAGAUUAUAUUUAUAGUUUUACAGCACAGUAAUGAUAAUGAAGUUUUCUCGAAAUUAUUUGAGUUUCUUGGUAUUUUGUUUCAAGAGUCAUAUAUUAUUGCAGAUGAGAAUUCUGCUAUACAGCUAUUGAAAUGCUUCGUUGAGCACAUGGAUGUGCUCCAAUCUAAUGAAUCAAUUGUAACUUGGACUGAACUAGUUCGAGACAUAUAUAUCCGUGCAUGCCUGAAAAUCAGUUUAGAAGGUUCAAAGAAAUUUUAUAGCAAGUUUUUUGAAGACUGUUGUUUCCCCUUGGUUGAUUAUUUAGCCAUUUCUGAAUGUCUGUCUGUUUCACCAAUAUUCAAGGAGCUAUUAAUUCAGGGGGUGUUUAAUUCAGAUUCCACAAAGUUCUACCAAUCAAGUUUAGAGCGAGAUCUUAAAAAGAAAGAGGUCAAAGAAGAAUCAUUGAUAUAUUUAUACACUUUAACGGUACAGCUUUUGAGUGCGAAACAUAUGACAAUAUGUGAAGGAGUAUAUUCAAUCAUGGCUUCAAAAUCUCCUGACUUGGCAGAAAAGCUAUUGUCUAUUUUGGCAAGCAGCAAGAAAACAAUUUCUCAAUCAUUUAUAGAGCUGAUUUAUAAAGUGGAGAUUGCUGAUAAACCUUUUAAACAAUUGAACUGGGAUAUGGUCAAACACAUAUUUGCAAUUGAUAGUGAAUUGGCAAUCAACAAAUCAGGGUUUUUAUUCAAGACUUACAAGUCUGAAUUUCAGUUGGACGACAAAGUGGUACCUGUUGCAGAAGUAAUUGUUGACGGUUUUGCAAGAAAUCGUGAGUUGCUGGAUUUUUUCAUAAAAGUGUGGCCCAAAGCAAUAAAAAGAGACGAAGUAUGGGAAUCAGAUGAGUUUAUAUAUAUUGUAUCACAACAUGUUAAAACUUUUUCUGGGAAACAGUUAAUCGCUGUAAUCGAGAGCUCUUUCAAUGUUGAUAAAGGAAGUCAACGUGCAAUUUUCACAGCAAUUACAAAGGGUUUAACUAAUUCAUCUGUAAAUCUUGUUGAUGCUGUCAAGCCAACUUUAUUAGAUCAGGAUAGCUAUUUCAAUGCCAUUGAAAAUUUCUGGAGUAUCCGUUAUUACUUGCUUUGUUUGUAUGGUGCAGAUUUUACUAUUGCAAAGCAGAAUUUGAAACAGAAUAUUGAUCUAUAUUACCACUUUACCAUUUUCAGAUUAUUGGAGUUACAAGUUGUUAAGGAUUAUUCAAAGUCUGAUCAAAAAUAUUUUAUAGCUUGCAUUGAAGGUGAGAAGGAAAUGAUACCUCAGGUUUUCAAAAGAUGGCUAGUCAUUUUCAACAAAUUUUUCGAUACUGAUUCCUUGAUUAAGUUAAUUCUGAUUGGAUAUUCAGAUAUUGAAUUUGGCGAUGUUUUUUUUGAACAACCAAAGCUAACAACUUCAUUACUUAAAUUUAUUGCUGAGAAUUUACAAGCCAGAAUGGAUCUUAUCGCUUCUAUACCUAUUGUGUGUUUUAACAAAUCAUUCAAAAAGGAGUUACUUAAUGGUUUGUUUACAUUAUUUACGUCUAAUCCCACCAAGGAAACACUUGAAAACAUGCAUUAUUUACUUGGUCAGCCAACAUAUCUGUCUGUUUUGGAAACAAAAUUUGAUAACUUGUUAAAAUUGUUGACUGUUGGUACUGAUGAAUCGAAAUUGAUAGCUUAUAAUGUCAUUAAAAUUGUUUGGAGAAAUAAUGUUCAGCAGAUUAAAAAUGAAGAGAAUCACAAGUAUGUGAAUGAUGCUAUUUCAAAAUUGAAUAGUUAUUUGGACUCCAAGCCACAACAAAUAAUUCUGACUGAACUAGAAGCAAUAUUGAUAAUACUUACAAACACUAAGGAAGAAGGCUUGCUGGAAAAUAUGGAAGCGGAGUUGAAUGAGUUAAAUGAUAAGUUUACAAACUAUUGUAUUGAAACUUUAAAUGACUGCAAAACUGAAGACUUGACUACUAUUAAGUGGCUAUUACAAACGCUUGUAAUGUUGCCAUCCAAAUCUCUGACGUUUGAAAAUGUCAUUUCUUGCGUAAAGAGAUUAGAUUCAAAGAUUUUGAAAGAUGCUUCUAUUCAAUCUACGUUGUUUCAAUUGAUUUGCAAGACAACAGAUUUAAAUCACAAAAGCUUGGUCUAUGUUUUGAGUUUGUUUGUUUCCUUGCAGCCUGGAUUGAAUACGGAGUUGUAUGACGUAUUAAAGUUGUUAUUCCAAAAGCUUUCUAAACAUUCACAACUAUACUUUGAAGUGUUUGAUUUUUUUACCGGUUCAAUUGGUACUGUCCCAGUUGAAUUCAGCUUGAGUUUUGCACAGAUUGCUUCCAUAUUUUUGAGUACAGUUCCAAAAGACACUAGUGCCAAUCGCUACAACAGCAAAUGCUUCACAUUUUAUGUCAAUGCUUUACAAUCUGAAAACGAAUGCGUGACAAUGCAGAUUUUGACUAGCUUGAAAGAUUUGUUGACUAACCAAUCGUGGGUUUUCAAGCAAAAUUUACUAGAAAUCACUUUGGUUAUUGUUAAAAUUGGGUCGCAAAGAAUAAACUCUUUUACCAACCAAGAAAAAAUCUAUAUCCUAUCAACACAGAUUGUGUCCCAUAUCUUGUUGUAUCACAGGUUUAAGAUUGCCACUAGACACCACCUCAUUUUGAAUGUAAUGUCAAGUUUGUUGGAGUGCCUAGCAGAUGGAAAUUCAAAACUAUCAUCAAAUGCAGAAGCUGCAUCUGCGUAUGCCCGUUUAUUGAGCAAUUUAUGUGAACCAUCGGAAAGAGUUGGAGAUAAGAUGUCUCACUUAACGACUUCUGCAAGCUAUUUCAAAAAAUUGUUAAGAAAAUAUUUGUCUGUUUUAUUAAGCAAUUAUAUUUACUUCAAUUUGAAGUACACUUUCACUCGUGCUGUGAAUGACGCUAUAAUGCCAGGAAUUUAUAGCGUAUUUGCUGUUUUGUCACAAAAUGAAUUGAGAGUCGUUAAUGCAUCUUUGGAUUACGGUGGUAAAGCAUUCUAUAAAACUUUGUACAAUGAUUACAAAGAUCAUGGGAAAUGGAAAGAUCAAUAA